AAUAAGUGAGAGAGAGGACUGACUCGGCUUCACUCGGGUUUUGUGGGACAGACGAGUUACAGGUACUUGUCCACGCCUAGCGAUUACGCUGUCUGCAAAAAAGAAAAGCGCAUAGAGAGAGAUAGAGAGGAUAAUGAAGAAGGGGAAGGGAUUGGUUACAGAAAACCCUAACAUAGGUCUUGAAGAAUCAGAGGGGGAAGAGAACAACACAGACUUCCCCAAGGCCUCCGUUAGAUUUUCAACACGAAAUGCUUCCUCCAAAUACGAUUUCGUCAAGGUAAAGGUAUGGUUGGGUGACAAUGCCGAUCACUACUACGUUCUCUCCAGAUUUUUACUCAGCAGAAUGUUGACAGUUACUAAGAUUCCUAAUCAUGUGGCUAUUAAAAUUGCUCUUGAACUCAAAAAGCUGCUCAUAGACAAUAGCCUUCUGGACGUUUCUCAAUCUGAUUUGGAAGCUAAUUUGUUCAAGCUUAUGGAGCGGCGGGGUUAUGGUGAAGAGUAUAUAAACCGUUAUAAGAUGAUGACAAGAUUUCAUCAUCAAAGAGUACCAUUGGUUAUUCUUGUAUGUGGUACUGCCUCUGUUGGGAAGUCUACCAUUGCUACCCAACUUGCGCAAAGGCUAAACUUGCCAAAUGUCUUGAAGACAGAUAUGGUAUACGAAUUGUUGCGCACAUCAACAGAUGCACCAUUGACUUCUUCCCCUGUAUGGGCACGAGACUUCAGCUCGUCUGAGGAAUUAAUUACUGAAUUUUGUAGAGAAUGUAGAAUAGUAAGAAAAGGUUUGGCUGGUGAUUUAAAGAAAGCUAUGAAAGAUGGAAAACCGAUUAUUAUUGAGGGAAUACAUUUGGAUCCUAGCAUAUACCUAAUGGAUGAUGAGAAUAAAUUACAAAGUAACAAGCCAGAAAAAAAUGGAGAGCCAAAUCCUGUGAUGUCAGAUGAUAAAAUUGCAACACAAAUGGAAAAUGCAUCUACUGAUGUUUGUGGUAAUCAUAGUGAGAAUAGCAACAGCUCUUCUGUGAAGUCAGAGAAAGGGAUAUCUCCUGACCAGUUGAAUAAGGUUUCAGAUCAUCUGGAAGCCAUCAACAUUAUUCAAAGUGUGUCUGAGAAUAAAGAUGAAUCACUUAAAGAUCCAGAGACAAAUAGAAAUCUUCCUGUCAGGAAAGAGAAGUCUGGUACUGAAUCAAUUAUUGUACCUAUAGUUCUAAAGAUGGCUGAAUUUGAUCAUAAGGCAUUACUAGAGGAAUGGAUUUCCACUCAUACGUUCAGCGACAAAAAUUUAAUCCAGGAUAAAGAUAAGCUAAUAAGCAACUUAAAAACCAUUCAGGAUUAUCUUUGCUCAUUCAAGUCACAGGGUUUAACAGUUGUUAACAUAUCAGCUACGACAUUCCCACAGACACUGGAUUGGCUACAUGGUUAUCUUCUUCAGUGCAUUGAGCAAGGUAUAACAUCUGUUUCGAGCGGAAGUGAUAGACAGGCAUCUGAAACUUAGUUCACAUGCUGGUGUUGGCUUCAGAAGUUAACAGCUCCAAGUAGGCCCCUGUAAUUACAUAAUAUUUGGAUUGGAUGAAGAAAUGUACCAGUGGUGUCCUGUGGACAACUGAGCUGCUGGAUGCUGGGGUAAGUGCCGGGUAUACCUCAGAAGAAGUUCUGCAACAAGGAAUUUGGACGGGAGCCUGUUUUUAAGAUAUAACGACUUCAUAGAGAGUAUGUAAUGUUACUGCUAUUGCAAAGGGAGGUUCUACUGUUGCUGCGUGGCUUACUUCCCCUACCCUGUAACAGCUUAUCCUGUAAUUUUACGGCAUUAUUAGCUGUCCCAUUUGAUGGACCAAAUAAUGGAACUGUGAAAUAGGUAGAUAUGAUUGUCUAUAUAUAUAUAUACAGAGUGUCUUUCCUUGUUCUUCCAUCCAUAACUUCAGACUAUGUACUUAAAAUGAAUCUUUUCCUUUUAUACAGAGGUGAUAUUGCAGUUUA